UCUCUUCUUUCUCCCAAAGAACAGCAGAAGCAUCAGAAGACGAGCUGCUAUCAUAGUACCAACGGAAACCUCACUCUGGGAGAAAGAAAGCCAAGCGCCGUCCUGUUUUUAGUGUUGUGUUUUAUUUAGUUUUUGCAUUUAAUUUGCGUCAUGUCCAGUGAAGUGGAGGCGAGCACAGAAGAGCAGCAGGAGAUGCACGACACUGUUGUAAGUCCAGAGAAAACUGAGGAGGCCAAGCUGAAGGCACGUUACCCACAUUUGGGGACCAGGCCCGGUGGGUCGGAUAUGUUGCGGAAAAGAUUGCAGAAGGGGCAAAAAUACUUCGACUCGGGUGACUAUAACAUGGCCAAAGCCAAGAUGAAGAACAAACAGCUUCCGACAGCAUCGUCAGAGAAGACCGAGAUAACUGGAGACCACAUUCCCACCCCUCAGGACCUGCCCCAAAGGAAGCAAUCUCUGGUGGCCAGCAAACUUGCCAUCUAACGAGGACUGUAAAGACGUCUUGAUGCCAUCUUCAUUAUGUUCUUUUGUUUUUGUCUUUCUUUUGCUGUUAACACCCUCUUUUCUUACUAUUUUUGUCUUUCUUUUGCUGUUAACACCCUCUUUUCUUACUAUUUUUGUCUUUGACUGUAGAAAUGCUCUCAAAAUAACAUGUUUUGAUAAAUAGAGAUAUGUGUAGACUGCUGCUACCUUUACUCUUGGAUUUGACUAUACGGUCAGAUGAGUUUACGACAUCAAUGAUUUUUGCAUUAGCAUAUUUUAGGGUUUUACACUUUUUCACUAGCUUUUUCAAUGCUUGUCUUGAAAUAUGUACUAGGUGCUUGACGAAAUUGGACUUUAAUCCGCCACUUCUCAAACCUCCAAAACUGUGUCUCUUGAAGAAACGAAAGGCCGGACCUCAUAAACAUUCGUUGGUUGAGCUGAAGAAAAGCUAAAAGCUCUUCUUUCGUUUGUCAACUACCUGUAAAUUACUAAAAUGGCCUUAAAACUGCCGUACUGUUUCUCUUGGGCGAUCUUUGUUUGACCAAACUGACGAGAGACUGUUGAGCUCUCCACUGGGUCGUUUAGGUUAUGUUCUCAGCACAACGUAACGAUUUAUGUGAGCUGUACAAACGUUUACUGUCACAACUGUGUCAUUUGAUUAUGUAAAUAAAAUACUUUUGCACAUG